AUGCCUCUCUACGCAAAGUUCCUGAAGGAGCUCAUGACAAGAAAAAGAAACUGGGUAGAAAAGGAGACUGUAGUCCUAACUGAGGAAUGUAGUGCCAUCAUACAAAAGAAACUCCCUCAGAAAAUGAAGGACCCAGGGAGUUUCCAAAUCCCCUACAUCAUAGGGGAUAUCACUAUUGAAAAGGCUUUAUGUGACUUGGGGGCUAGCAUCAAUCUCAUGUCCUUGAACAUGAUGAGAAGGAUGAGAAUUGAGGAAGCCAAACCAACAAGAAUGACACUCCAACUAGCUGACAGAACAUUCAAGUUUCCACAUAGAGUGGUGGAAGAUUUAUUGGUGAAGGUGGGAGAAUUCAUCUUCCCAGCUGACUUUGUUGUGCUGGAUAUGGAAGAAGAGGCAAACACUUCAAUUAUCCUAGGAAGGCCAUUCCUAGCUACUGCUGGAGCCAUCAUUGAUGUGCAAAAAGGAGAACUAGUCUUAAGAUUACAUGAGGAAAAGAUGGUCUUCAAUGUCUUCAAGGCAAUUAGUUAUCCCAAGGAAGCAAUAGGAGAAUGCAUGAUGGUGGACACCAUAGAACAAAUAGUCCAAGGAGUUUUAGAAGAAGAGCAAUAUAAAGGAAGUAUGGAACUGGAGUAA